AAUGAAAAGAAAAAAAUAAAUAGAUCUUAUAAAGGCACGGGAGAAUAAGAUCCCCUAGCUUUGUUUGAUUUAGGGUUUCCUUUUCUGGAGUCUCUUAUAGCUUCUGUGUGUGAUAUAUACGUUACGAGGUUUAUAGUAUCGUCGUCGAAGAGUAUGAAGCGUAAAAGCGGACAUAAGAAAGGGAAGAAGUCUAAAAAGUCUAAGACUAUCAAUGAAGAAGGGAACUUGAAUGAGUCAACCGAAAUCGCGGAGAAUCAAACCUCUGAGCAAAGUUCUGAAGCUCCUGUUGAGUGUGAGAAUGAUGAAUCUAAAAUGGAGGUUGAUGCUCCUUUGUCUAUUGGGAGUGGUAAUUCACCUAUUGCUGGGAGUGUAGAUCCAGCUGAGAAUAUAGCGGCGAAGUCAGUUGCGCGUGUUAAGGUUAAAUUGAAGACUUCGAAAGCACCAGAACCUGAUGAGACCUUGGGUAAUGAUAUCGAUAAAGCGGUGUCUGAAAAACCUGUUGUGCCUGCUGAGAAAAAGGAGGAAUUGGUUCCUCCUCGUUUGCCUGAGAGGAAGCCGGUGUUUUUGAAUGUUUACAGGAAAACUAAAGGUAUAAAGAUUAAGACUUCAAAGAUGGUUGAUGGGUCUAGCUCGGUUACUGAGAAGAGUGCUGAUGCUGUCAAGGUUCAGGAUGCAGUAGUACUUCAAAAGGAUACGAAAACGCCGGAUGAGGAUUCUCAAGCCAGUAAGAAAGAGCCAGAAGUUGCACCGAUUUCUUUGCAGAAAGAGGAGAAGAAGACUGAUCAAAAUUCACGAUACAAUAAGCAAGAACUGGAAGAUUCUCUUACAGUGAUCAAGAAGAUUAUGAAGAUGGAUGCUGCUGAUCCUUUUAAUGUUCCUGUGAACCCAGAAGCUCUUGGAAUUCCUGACUACUUUGAUAUCAUCAAGACACCUAUGGAUUUUGGAACAAUAUGCAAUAAUUUUGAGAAAGGCAACAAGUAUAUGAAUUCUGAGGAUGUUUACAAGGAUGUCAACUACAUUUGGAAUAACUGUUCCAAGUACAAUAAGAAAGGUGAUUAUAUUGUGGAUCUGAUGAAGCGAGUGAAGAAAAAUUUCAUGAAGUACUGGACUGCAGCAGGGUUGUAUACCGAGCAAUCAGCAGCAGAAAAUACAGAGGAUGGCGGGAAGGCAUCCACCAAAGGCAGUCAAUCAAAGCAGAAGAGUCAUAAACGCCAUGGAAGGCACCACAAGAGUGAUUGCAUGUGUGCGGUAUGUGUUCUGAAGCGACGUAAAAGAGAACGUGAGCGAGAUUCUGGAGCACAAGAGGAAUCUUCACCUACAGGAAGUCCUUCUGUGGAUAAUUCAUCAAUAAACAUGGGUGAGGAGCAGGAUAUGGAUAUUGGUGUUGACGACAAAACUGAACAAGAAAAAACAGAAAUCGUGGAACUAGAUAGUCCGGUGUCAAGAACACAAAGAGUGCCUGAAAAUAAUCAAGAGGUGGUGGAAGAGGAAAACGUUGAAGUGGAGAGUGAAAAUAAAACCGAAGCUAAUGUAGAGGACAAGACUCAAUCGAUUGAUAUAUCAAUGGAAGAGACUGGAGAUGAGCCUGUGACUAGUGCUGCAGAGAAAUCGGUUGUUUUAGCUUCCCUUGAAGGUCCAAAAUCGACUCAGAAUGAGGAAGAAGAGAAGGAAAAACAACUCCAAGAGCAAAAGAAACGGCAGGAGUUGGAGCGUAAAGAAUGGCGAAUAAAGAUGCAAGAAAAGUUCCAAGUCAGAAACCCGCAGCUUCUAAGUCUCUGUGAAACUCUCUUCCCUAAUGAAAACAACCACAAUUCCGUAUGGAACGGACCUCACUCGCUGUUUAAACGUAGAGGAGGUUCUUCAAAUCAUAGUAGUGCUUUACACAAAGCAGUUGAGUCACUGAUGAAGUAGUAAGGAUUCAAAAUGUAACAUAAGUGUUUAGCCUAUCAUUCUUCGUUUUGCCUGUUAUACAUACAUAUGUUUGUUACAUUCAACACCAAUAUCCAUAAGUAUCUUUGUCAUUGAAACCAGAACAUAAAACCGUUCAUGAAUUUUCAGACGAAUCAAUUCCUAGUCAAUCAUUCA